CCUUCAAUAUCGCACGCAGCUGUCCAUGCGAUAAAAAUGCACUACACGACCGAGGUGUUCGGUCUACUGCCCAUUGCCCACUUGGGCAAUCACUUGUAAUACUCCUUCAUCUCCCGUUCGUAACGCUCCUGAUGUGAUCCCCUAGUGCACGUGUGACAUCAGGUUUUGGUGUGCGCGUGUGAGUGAGUGUCUGACCUUGUCUCUCUUGGCCUGGGUCUCGUACGGCUUCUUCUGCCUGGCCGACAUGCUCUUCCACUCGGCGCCCAAUAUCUUGGACACCUCCUGAUUGAUAAAUGAGUGCAUCGAGUGAUUCGUUCAGUGACACAGUAUACAUGGCCGAUACGUGUCAUCGUGUGUACCGUGACCCUCCCUCUUAGAUCAGGGUUUUGGCUAACGACUUCAUCACGGCGGUCCAUCGUGAAGAAAAUGAAUGCGCUGCGGGACCUCUUGGGGGCGUUGACAUUCUGAAACCAACACAACACAACAGCAGCACAAGACGGCUCACCUAGCAGUCGUGCACGGCCGAACCAGGGAGGCAGGGAGGGAAGGAGGGUGGAUGGACCCACCACUCAUGAGUGCAGUCAAACGUACCUUGACCUUCCUGGCACUUCUCUGUGCCGUGGUGGUGCCCUUGGCCUUUGGGUGGCUGCAGCGCCCGGUUGUGACACAGUUGGUUUCGUUGACUCGACUCACCUUUGCUCCAGAAGUUGGGGCCCGGGGCAAACAGCAACGGUCUUUGCGGCAGGCUCGAAAAAGGGGCCUGUGCCCAGCCAGACAGACCGUCUUGUGUGUAGGUGAUGGGUGACCGUGCACGUGAAUUGACACCCACCGGUUGGGCAGCAGCAGCAGCAGCAGCGACCGGCUCGCCGCUACGUGAUACACAAAGACAGAACAGAGACGGUCGGCGACGCAUCGAUAGAAGUCCGUGUGUGCAUGUUCAGUCACCUGGUGAUAAUGUCGAGCAGGUUGAGUUCUACGUACGACGUCGUGUUGUCAGACAGCUUGCGGACAAAGGGGGGCACGAUGAGACGCCGCCUCUCGCCCACCCUCAUGCUCGUGAAGGCCUCCUGCGACCAACUGCUCAGCGCCGACACGGGCCUCUUGCAGCCCCUAUGGCAGGUAUCACACGUGCGCACAGACGGAUGCUCACAAACCAAGCUGGUUCACACACUUACGGAAGGUUGAACAUCUUUGAGUCGGUGUUGAAUCCGUUGCGCCACUCAACAUUGUCGUAGUGGAUGUGGCUGCUGAGCUGCGGCUUGGGGCCGGUGCCUGCCGUCAGGAUCUCGUACCGCACACCCAACGGAGUCUUCUCAUACUCAUCGCUACACACACAUCAAUCGUCAUAUAGGAAGUGUCACCUUACAUGAGGCUGAGGUCGAUUCCGUACAUGGCGGCCGUCUUGUUGAAGAACUCCUGCUUGCUGCUGUUGCCCAUCUUGAGCGGCACACGCACACACCCUUGCAGACACUCGUCAGUGAUGGCGGCGGCUUGUCGUUUGCGGCGGCAGUAGUCGACCAAUCGACGGAUGUGCUCCUCGGACACGUCUUCAACUGCACCAGGCCACCUGACCACACGCAGCAAGCAGCCUGUGUCAGGUCAAACACCCUCCCUGCAGGCCUCGUGUGUGUGUGGUGCUCACUUACAGCUGGAAGCGGUUUGCCAGUGCGAUGUCGCCCAUUUCAGUGAGAGACGACUCGGCCGUCGAGAUUAUCCUGCCGCACACCUCCACCGAGCGAAUGGGAUCGUCGCCACUGACGGGCUUCAGGAAGGGACCCACAGCCUGCCAAGACACAUAAACACACACAUACACCCACACACACACAUUUUCACCCGCGUGAACACAUCCUUCCCCAUCUCCCGCCCUCGAUGCCUACCGUGACUUCCUUCAUGAGGCCGUCAUACUGGUGCUUCUGCUGCUGCAGCCCCUCGACUAGUUUGUCCUUCUCCGCCAUGUAGCUGCUGACGAACGGCUCGACGGCCUUGCAGAACCCCCGCAGCUCAUCCACACCGCCGGCCGACACGGAGGGUGCCUUUUCGGUGCGGAUGCGCUUGCGGGAGGGCUUCUCGAUGGGCGACAGCAGCCGACGGACCCAGAAGUCAUGAAGACCUGCACACACACAAAGAGGCGGCAGAGGCACAGGCCGUCCACACACACACACACACUGCACUCGUAUCAUUGCCGUGAGUACCUCUGUAGUUGCGGUUGGCUAUCUCUGUGAUGAGCAGGUCGACGGCCGCCUUGCCGCCCUCAAACAGCGUGUUGCGCACCUUCUCGAACGCCUCGGACUCCAU